AUGGGAAACUCUAGGAUAUUUCAAAGAUCAGAAUAAUUGUAAAAAUUUGAAUAAGAAAAAGAUUUGUAUGAAGUCUUUGCUUCAGUAUAAAACUUUGACAAAUAUAUUUUCACUGUCUUAUUUGAAAUCUUGAAAAAAGAAAAGAUUGAGGACUCCCUUUAAUUUCUUUAAGAAGAGAUAAAUCAACAGAAAGUUGAAUAAUAUUUAUAACAGAAAUAAAAUAUUUAACAAAUAAAGAUAGAAUGUGGAAAAAAAAAUGAAAUUUGGAAAAUUACUAAUUUUCUCAACAAAAUUAAAGAACAUGAAUUUAAUAAAGCUAAUUACUCUCUAGAUUAAUACAAAUAAAUUAAAGAAGAUCUCAUCACAAAUAUAUCAAAUAAUAACAAGAUCAUAGAAUUGCUAAAGUUUAUAGUUUAUCUUACUGCCUUAGAUGAGAGAUACAUAUAGUGUGGGUCAAAUGCCCUUCAUUUAUUAGUUGAAAUGAAGGCUGAUUUGAAGGAAUAAUCUUUUGAAAAUAUUAGAAUUAGAGAUACAUCACUUUUAGGAGCAAAUUUAGUGAGGUGCGACUUAAGUGGGUCUGAAUUUGAAAAUGUGAUUAUUAGUGGAAUGAAUUUGAAUGGAGCUAAAUUAUUUAAUUGUAAAUGGAGAAAUCUAAGAAUAAAUGAGGUGAUGAUAUUAAAUGGUCAUACUAGCUAAGUCAAGUCGGUUUGCUUUUCUCCAGAUGGUAAGUCAUUAGUUUCUUACAGUAAUGAUAAUUCUAUAUGUUUCUGGGAUAUUAGAACAGGAAAAAUAAAAUUUGCAAUAAAAGGAGAGAAGAAUGUAAUAUCAGCAUGCUUCUCGCCUAAUGAGACCAUUAUAGCUUCUUGCAGUGGCAAAUUUGUGUAUAUUUAGAAUCUUAAAACACGGAAAUAAAUAUAAAAAUUCUUCAAUCAUACUGAAACCGUACAUUCAGUCUGUUUCUCUCCUGAUGGUACUGCAUUAGCAUUUGUUAGUGGAGAUAACUCUAUCCGUUUAUUGGAUGUUAAGACAGGUUAAUAAAAACUGAAUGGUGAUGUUCAGACUAGUUUUAUUUAAACACUCUGCUUCUCUCCUGAUGGUACCACAUUAGCAUCUGGUAGUGUAGACAACUCUAUCCGCUUAUGGGAUGUUAAGACAGGCUAACAAAAAGCAAAAUUUGAAAAUUAAUCGACUUGUGUUAAAUCAGUCUGUUUCUCUCCUGAUGGUACCACAUUAGCAUCUGGUAGUGUAGAUAACUCUAUCCGUUUAUGGAAUGUUAGCACGGGAUAAUAACAAGCUAAAUUAGAUGGUCAUUCAAAUGAUGUCAUGGCAGUUUGUUUCUCUCCUGAUGGUACUACAUUAGCAUCUGGCAGUAAUGAUAACUCUAUCCGUUUAUGGGACGUUAACACAGGAUAAUUAAAACCCAAAGUAGAUGGUCAUACUUGGAUAGUUAAUUCAGUCUGUUUCUCUCCUGAUGGUUCUACAUUAGCAUCUGGUAGUUAUGAUAACUCGAUUCGUUUAUGGAAUGUUAAGACGGGAUAAUAAAAGGCUCAUUUUAAUAGUCGUUCUAGCACAGUUAUAUCAGUCUGUUUCUCAUAUGAUGGUACUAUAUUAGCAUCUGGUUGUUCAGAUAAUCUUAUCCGUUUAUGGGAGGUUAAGACAGGAUAAUAACAAGCCAAAUUACAUGGUCAUACGAACCAAGUUAAUUCACUCUGUUUCUCCUCUGAUGGCACUACAUUAGCAUCUGGUAGCAAUGAUAAAUCUAUCCUUUUAUGGAAUUUUAAGACAGGAUAACUAAAAGCUAAAUUAGAUGGUCAUUUAAAUUACGUCAAGUCAGUUUGUUUCUCUCCUGAUGGUACUACAGUAGCAUCUGGUAGUUAUGAUCACUCUAUUCGCUUAUGGGAUGUUAACACAGGAUUAUAAAAAGCCAAAUUAGAUGGUCAUUCAAAUUAUGUCAUGUCAAUCUGUUUCCCUUCUGAUGGUACUACAUUAGCGUCUGGUAGUUCAGAUGGCUCGAUUCGUUUAUGGGAUGUUAAAACAGGACAAUUAAUAGUCAAAUUAGAUGGUCAUUCAUCAACAGUUUAUUCAAUUUGUUACUCUCCUGAUGGUACUACAUUAGCAUCUGGUAGUUAUGAUAAGUCUAUCCGCUUAUGGGAUGUUAAAACAGGAUAAUAAAAAGCCAAAUUAGAAGGUCAUUCAAAUUAUGUGAUGUCAGUCUGUUUCUCUCCUGAUGGUUCUACAUUAGCAUCUAGCAGUUAUGAUAACUCUAUCCGUUUAUGGGAUGUUAACACAGGAUAAUAUGAAGCCAAAUAAGAUGGUCACAUUCUUGCUUUCCCUCUUGAUGGUACUCUUCUAGAAAGUGGUAUUUGUGUUUCGUUAUUAUUUAGUUACCUUUCCUAUUACAAUUCUUAGAAUUCCCUCAAGUUUCAAUUUAGAAGCAUAAGGAGCAAUAAUCCUAAAAGGAAUGUUUAUAGAUUAUAAUGGAUAUGAUUUAAAAUCAUUAUUUAAAUUAAAAGGCAGUUUAAUUUUAGAGACCUCUGUUGAAUAGAAACAUAAUUGA